AUGUGGAAGCCAGAUUUGAAUAGUCAAAACACAAUUUCGAGUAUUCCUAUGAAUGCACUAUAUAUAAAAACGAUAAACGAAGAUAAAGUUUCUUCAGUCACAUGGAAUAAUCAGGUUGCUUCUACUCUGGCUGUUGGUUAUAAUUCUGGAGAAAUAAUUAUCUGGGAUGUUGAAGUUCAAAAACCUAUUCGGACUUAUACAAAUCAUGAACAACGCGUGGGAAGUUUAGAUUGGUUAGGACCUCUUCUUACAUCUGGAAGCCGAGAUAAAUCUAUAAUUUCAAGAGACUUACGUUGUCCUUGUCAGACCAUUUUUAAAUGGGAAUACCAUAAACAAGAAGUAUGCGGAGUAUCAUGGAGUCCAGAAGGUUGUGGAAUGGAUGGUCUUCUAGCUUCAGGAGGCAACGAUAAUUUGCUUUUGAUAUGGCGAUUGGGUUAUGAUCAGCCUAUUUUAGCAGCUGUAAAAGCAAUAGCAUGGAGUCCGUUUCAUGCUGGUAUUCUUGCUACAGGAGGUGGUACAAAUGAUAGAUCUGUUCGAUUAUGGGAUAUUAAAACUAACAAUUUCACUAAAAAUAUAGAUGCAGCAACAUCAAAUGUGAAAGCAUUUACUGAUACUGGGAGCCAAGUAAUUUAA